AUGGAUUAAUUCGGCGGAUGAAGUGGAAACCUUACGUUUAUGCGACUUGGCUCGUCUCCCCCGUUGGACAAUACGUCAACCGCGGAAUCGAGCAGUGCAUACCGAACGGUCGAAAUCGAGAUUGGCCAGCGACAAAAGAUCUCACAAACCGACAGAAAAUUUUUUGACGCAAAUUGUUGAGACAGCCGAACGAGGAAAAUUGGACGGAUCUCGUGCUCGAUUGGCUAACUGGGGUUCAAUUAUGAGCACUGGUUUGUUGGCUCCCGGACGUCAGUGCCGCAUUUGCCUGAUGUCGUUCCAAAUGGGUGAUGAGGUUCGUCGUCUGGUUCCCGGAUGCGAACAUAUUUUUCACGCGGCCUGUAUCGAUCCAUGGCUUUUGCACCAGUAA